AAACGUCGUAAACUCGUGUCUGUUUCCUGCGUGCUGUAGUGGAUCAGCAUGGCUUCAUCAGCAAAGAAACGAGCGAUCGAAACCAGACAAAAUGCCCAAGACAGCGAUGAAAGCUCGGACGAAGGUCUGGAAGACUCUGGGGAAGAGGACUGUGAAAAUUCAGAAGAAGAAAUAAACGAGGAAGUCAUCGUGGACUUCGAGGCACAUGCAAUAUCUGACAACGACUUUCAUGGCAUUAGAACUCUUCUGCAACAGCUGUUCCUAAAGUCGCACGUGAACACCGCUGAUCUCACUGACGUCAUCAUCCAGCAGAAUCACAUUGGCAGCGUCAUCAGGCAAGCUGAGGUGCAGGAGGACAGCGAUGAUGAGGCCGACCCUGAUGAGGUCUUUGGCUUCAUCAGCAUGGUAAACCUCACAGAAAGACAGGGUGUGGAGUGUUUGGAGAAACUCAAAGACAUGCUUCUCGAGCAGUGUGCCACAUCGAGCUCCCCUGACGUACAGGAGACAUUUGAGAAGCUUCUGCAGGAUAGCGGUCAAUCGGUUGGACUACUGCUGAGUGAACGUUUCAUUAACGUUCCUCCACAGAUCGCCCUGCCGAUGCACAAACAGCUACAACAGGAAUUAGCUGAAGCACAACGGACCAAUAAGCCCAGCGGUAAAUGUCAGUUCUGUCUGAUGAUCAGUAAAACCUGUAAACCAGCAAAGAAGGUCAUAUCAGGCCACGGACAGACGAAAGAUGAGCUGGUGUUUGUCAACGAUGAGGAGGAGUUCUUUUAUGAGCAAGCCACCCUGAAGUUCAGCUACUGCGUUCAAGAUCAGGCGGAUUCCUGUGCCACGGGGAAAUGGUCGUACGAUGACGUACCGAUGAAACCCUUCCGCACCGUAAUGGUGAUUCCCAUGGACAGGAUGGGAACCAUCAUGGAUAAAAUGACACAAUAUCUGUCCGUGUGAACUUUCCCUAAAUAAACCACCAGUCUUGA